UCGGGACAUUUUAACUCAAAUGAUAUCUGCUCUCUCACAGAACGGGUUUAAGCAAGUGAGGAUAAUCAUUUUUUUUUUUACUUUAAACAGAAGAUGUCUGCAUUUGAUUUCCCGCACAUUAUUAUUUCCAAUACUUCAAGUUUUCAACCCUAGAAUUCGAAAAAAUUUCCCCCAAAUCCUCUCUAGCUAUGUCGUCCGAGAAGCCUGAAGAUCUGAUGAACAAUACGGCUGGAACUGACGAGGAGACUAUUGCGCAGCGGAGAAAGCGGCUCCGGCGAGUGAGCUUCGCCGACCGAGAGAUUACCUCCGUCCACAUUUUCAAGCGGGACGAAGACUACGAGACGCCCUCCGCCUCCAAGCCGCAGAACGGCGAACACGCUGAUACAUCAGAGUCCGAGGACAAAGUAAUUAGGUUUUUCGGCGAAUUAGCCGACAGCGAAGACGGUGAUGGUGAAGACGAACCUGUCGUGGAGAAAUUAUUCUUGAGGCCCAGAAAUUCGCCGUCUUCAGGUGGUAGCACUAUUGGUUCUGCUGCAAGUGAUGACGAGGAUAACUUCUUCGGACCUGUGUCUUCCCAUUUUAUUAACCUUGGAAGAUUAUCGGACGCUACAAUCUCCGAAGAACACCAUGAAAUUACGAUGGACUCGACGGCGUUUUCGAUGCAUUUUCGGAGUCUCGCGAUGUCGGAGUCUGGAGAUUUAAGGACACCUACGAGCAGCCACGUUCCGGUAGAAGAGAAAACACCGACUCAGGUCACAGGAAGUGCAAUGGUGUUAACAUACCCGAAGAAGCUGUUCCCGAGAUCCCCUCUACCUGUUGACAAAGGAAGCGGCGGCGGAGACUCGAACGACAUGAGCCUCGUCGGUGAUGAUUCUCGAAAAUACGAUUACGGGCAUAUCUCUCCUGCAUUAGCAGCUCUAUUGGGAGAUGAAAGCAAUGAGCUGCUUCCUGCAUCUUCAGACAAUAAUGUGGAAGAAAGAUUUCCUGUCCAUGGAUUUUCCUUGUCCCCUCAAAAUGGAUGUCAAUCUUAUGAAGAAUCCGUAAGCCGGCGUUACACAAACGAGGCUUCGCUUUCCUCGUCAAGUAUUAGAAGGGGAAGCGCGUCUCUAGUUGAUGUAUUGCCACAGUCUUUAUCUUGUGUUACUCCUUCUCCUAAACAUGGUGGAAGCUUUAUGAGCAGGGAGACUCUUGCACUAGUUGAGAGCUUGUCAACAAUCCAGAAAAGCAAAUCCAGACUUGGAUUGAUUCCACCAUCCCCUGCUUCUGCUCUUUCUCAGAGAAUUGAGAAAUUAAAGCUUCAAUUAUCCGGACGCCGUCCUGUGAUUACGCCAUCAACUAUCGAGAGGGAAGAAACAGGUGUCCGACGGAAAACACUUGCAGAUAUCCCCAUUACUAACUUGGAGGAUCUGUUAUCUAAAGAUGAUAAUAGAACACCGGUUUCUGAAAAGAAAAGCACGCCAGAUCAACGCAGUUUUGGUGCAUUGAGCCCUGCUGUUGACAGUAGCGGUGUGUUUGCAUCCGUAAGUCUAGAAGGAAACACUGUUUCUGAGGUAGAGGGUUCACUAUUAGAACAACAGGAAGGAAAUCACACAGCGAGUAACCCUGAGAAGAUUGUGUCAUCUCUAGCAUAUUCGACAGAUGCAACGACGUCAGCAUUGAGGGAUAUGGUUACUCUUCAUGAUCAAGAGCAGCACAGUAAAGCUAUCAACAAUUCUGAGGUAGAGGGUUCACUCUUAGAACAACAGGAAGGAAAUCAGACAGCGAGCAACCCUGAGAAGAUUGUGUCAUCUCUAGCAUAUUCGACAGAUGCAACGGCGUCAGCAUUGAGGGAUAUGGUUACUCUUCAUGAUCAAGAGCAGCACAGUAAAGCUAUCAGCAAUUCUGAGACUCGCGAUGGACACGUGACCAAGGAUUGUGCUAGUGAUUAUUCUCUGAAUAAGUUAUCCGACAAAAUGGACUCCCUGCUUGCAGAGUCUUGCGUAUUAAUUAGCGAGACAGGCUUUUCUAAUGGCUCUGCUCAACAAAAAGAGAAAGACAACACCAACAACAUCAGUGCUGCCCAUUGUGAAACUGAAGUUAUGUCAACUGAAGACUUUCCUACUGUAGUGACAGAACUUCCUGGUACAUCUGGCUCUUCAUCUAUGGACAGAAGUAAGAAUGAGGCUUCACAUGCUAAGGGUCCAUCCAGAUUGAAAAGGAAAGCCAAGGAUGUCGAUCGUGCUGCUAGAAGUUGUAGCCCCAAAGUCAGGAAAAGCACACACUAUAUUUCAAAUCCAGUGAUGGACCACCCUGACGGAAAUGAUGAUGCCAAUAACUGCCGCGUAGUUCGUGAAAAAAUAGACUGGGUAGAAAUUCCAGGAAAAGUAUCAGUAGAAAUCAAUCAAAUGCUUGCUCCAUUGGCUGAUAAACUGAACUCAGGGCAGAUAUGCAAGCUGGAAGACAUAUUUACACACAUGAAGAGGGUUCAUUUGUGUGAGAUGCUUUGCCUUCAAAUUAAAUCUCAGAAAGUAUGUGACGACUUGAGUGGUGCUAAGACAAAGAGGCGUGCUGAGAGUAGAUCAUCACUCUGCAAGUUAGCAUAUGAAAAAGCCAAACUUAAGUUGUUGCACCUCAAGCAAGAGAUAAUGAUGGUUACUACUAGCAAAGAAGCAGAGAAAACAGAGGAGAUCAAAGUAUUGGACUCAAAAAUCAAGGACUUGAUCAAUCGUUUUCCUGCGUGCGACAAGAUGACAGGAGAACCUGCAUAUGCAGACACUAUUAUGAUUGCUGAAGAUAAAUUAAAAAAGAAAAUGAGUUACAGAUCUAUACGUCAGGAUAUUCUGGUCUGGAAAAUUGACAGUUUGGGUGAAUGGAAUGAUUGCCAGAGCAUUGUUCUAAACUAUAGUGACUUGAUCAACCAAAGGCUCACAUUAAAGCCUGGCCAUGCUUCAUGUGUACUAAUUUCAAACAGUUUGAGUGAUGCAUUCAUUAAGCAUUUCCCAGACAUGAAUGUUUCAGUGGCAUUUAACUCCUUGUUUAACGCUGAAUACUCCCGGAAGUAUGUGGGCUCCAGUACAUUGUUGGAGAUUACACAGAAAACCAGUUUGGUCUUACAUAAUCUACUAGACGUGGCUGAGGAAUUACAGUUAGCUCGAAUGGAGAUACCAAAUUUGAUCCAAGGAAAAUUUGAUUCUCCAUCAGAGGAGCAGCUUCAUUUGCAGAUUACCUUCAUUGAUUGCAAAAACUUAAGAAAAGUAAUCAUGAUUCUCGAUCUGACAUGCUUGACACAAGGGAUAUAUCCUGGUGACAUAGUUCCUUGCGAGUUACUAGAAGAAGUCUCAGGCACUAAAAGAGUCAGUGUUGCGUCGAAACAACUGAUGAAUGAGAUUGAAUCUGCAAUGGAUGGUGUUGGAGUCGGGUAUCCGCGGAUAUUGAGACUGUGUCGUUGCGUUUCCAAAUUGUUGCAAUCACAAAGGAGGUGAUAAUCUCGUUUCGUUAACACUUUUCACAUUUUGCUGGUUUGUUAUGUAAAUACGGCACAAGGACUCUAGCCAUUUCAUGGUUUAGUUUUGGGCUUUUGUGAAUACGUGAAGCAGUAGUCUUCUUUGUUGUGGAUGGUAAGAUAACCUAUAAGCAUUUGUUCUCAUUCAAACUUAGAAGAAAAAAAGAAAAUCAUUCACUAGAUAUAAUCUAAUCUGUUGACGUUUUUCUCAACCGG